AUCCUGAAUCUCACACUGGAGAUUAUCUAUCUGCUGACUGGAGAGGGCUACGUCAUCCCUAAGAAGAAGAGCCCAACUGUGGGUUUGGGGGCCCUGCAUGCCCCUGGCUCCGUCAUACAGAAGGAAAAUGACAAGAAGAUCCUGGAACUCAUCUCCAACAUCAUCCAGCUGCUGACUGGAGAGGUUGCCAUAAGGUGUGAGGAUGUUUCCAUCUAUUUUUCCUUGGAGGAGUGGGAGUAUAUAAAAGGAAACAAGGCCCUUUACAGGGAAGGGAUAAAGGAGGAGGAGGAGCCCCGGCAGCUCCGCCCACUGGCCUGUGAGUAUAAAGAUGGGAGCGAUGUUACAGCACAUACGGAAGCAACUUUAUGUUGUAAUAAUGAUGGGAAUCUCACAAACCCUGAUGUUUCUCCAGCGGAACAGCCCCCACCGGCCAAUGGGAUUAAAGAGGAAGAGGCUUCAUGUGAAGGGAAAAACCAAUCAGAUUGCAGCAUUAAUCCCCUUACAGAACAGAUACAAGGAACAGACACACCUACUCCUAUCAUGGGGUGCAGCCUGGGUACCAGUCCUUUAAAAAUGAAGGGUAAUAAAUAUGAUAAAAACGCUGAUAACUCCCCACAAAAAUCACGGAUAAAUGAUUUGGUUAAACAUCUAAGGACCCACACAGGGGAGAGACCUUUUUCCUGUACUGAAUGUGGGAAAUGUUUUGCUGCUUCAUCAGAACUCGCUGUCCAUCAACAACGAACCCACACAGGGGAGAAACUUUCUUGUUCCGAAUGCGGGAAACGUUUCUCACGUCGAUCUAACCUUAUUCGUCAUCACAGAACCCACACAGGGGAGAAGCCAUUUCUUUGUUCUGAAUGUGGGAAAUGUUUUUCAGCUCACGCUACCCUUGUUUGUCAUCUAAAGACACACACAGGAGAGAAGCCAUUUCCUUGUUCUGAGUGUGGAAAAUGUUUCCAAAAUCAGUUUAACCUUGCUAGUCACCGAAGGACUCACACAGGGGAGAAGCCAUUUUCUUGUUCUGAAUGUGGGAAAUGUUUCUUUAAUCGCUCUAACCUUGCUCGUCAUCAAAGUAAUCACACAGGGGAGAAACCUUUUUCUUGUUCUGAGUGUAAGAAAUGUUUUGCCAGCUCAUCAAAACUUACUGUCCAUCAACGACAAGCUCACACGACUCACACAGGGGAGAAACCAUUUUCUUGUUCUGAGUGUGGGAAAUGUUUUACCACUUUAUCAGAAUGUACUGUCCAUCAAAGACGAACCCACAUAGGGGAGAAACCUUAUUCUUGUUCUGAAUGUGGGAAAUGUUUUUUCAGUUCAUCAGAACUUACUGUCCAUCGACAUGGAAUCCACACAGGGGAGAAAUCUUUUUCCUGUACUGAGUGUGGGAAAUGUUUUGCACAUAAGAGUAGUCUAAAUGCGCACUUUAAAAAUCACACAGGAGGAAAACCAUAAUCUUGUUCUCCAUGUGUCACUUCAUCAGACCUUUGUGUCCAUUAAUAAAGAACUUGCACAGGGGAGAAACCA